CACUACAACAACACUUCAGUCUGCACAGCGCGCACGUCUUCUCCACACUUUUCUCAUAUAAAUGUCUCUUAAACUCCUCUCCGGACUCGCACGCCUCAGCCCGGGCUUUAAGACGCGUCCUGCGGCCUUCUGCACCGCUGUCUCCGGGAAAACGGGCCGCUUUGAGGUGCGACACGACCGGGAGAACCAGCGCUUCACCGUGGCUCCGGACGACGGGGAGGGGCAGGAGGCGGUGUUGUCCUACAGAUUCACCGGUGACCAGCAGGUGGAGCUCAUGUCCACGUUUGUCCCAGAGGCGUUCAGAGAGAGAGGGCUGGCCGCUCUGCUCUCCGAGGCGGCUCUGGACUUCUUGGUGGAGGAGCAGUUGACGGCUCAAGUCUCGUGUUGGUACAUCAACAAAUAUCUGCAGAAAAACCCGAAGAAGAAGUACACGGAGCUCAUCCGGUCAUGAAGAGGGCAGCUACAGAAUGACUGAAACCAAAACUCUGUGACUGCCUAAUUAUAUUUUUGUAAUUCAUUAAUGCUUCAAUUUAUGCAGCAAUUUUGUAAUUCUUCCACAUUGGAACAAAAUAAACCAAUCUUCAUAAUGAA